AUGCAGCUUUCCGCAUCACUGGAGGAUGGAGAGAUGUCUUUAAUGCCGUUUCUCGCCGACGGCGACGCGACGCUUUUAGUCUUCCAGCAUUGCAUGGGAGGGACGCUCGACACACUAACAGAAGGGUUUGAAAUGUUUGUUGUCUUCUUCUGUGCUGUGCUGUUUUUCGCCUGUCUGGCCUGUGCGAGCUGGCAGUGGUGGCACCAAGCAGCCGUUCGCAUCAUCCCUUACUGCUUUAAAAAAUGCGGCGCAGUCGUCGAUCCCAACAAGGAGGAAGGCUGCUUCAAUUUGCGGACCUACUCGGUGCCGGAGGAGAAGUCUCACGGGAGCCCUGGGGGGCCUCACCUCGCCGCGUUAAAGCCCUGCUGCACCACAACAGGUGUGCCCAACCACGGCGUACGGCACCUUGCGGUUAUCAUGGACGGGAAUCGCAGAUACGGCAAGCGCACAUCACCCGGCACUGUGCCUGCUGACGCCGUAACGCGCGUAUGCGAGUCCAUAUUUAGCGCAGACCGCGACUCGUGCAAGAGGGAUGAAACGUAUACAUCCUUCAUGUCGCUCCUUCGACGUACGCCCUUGGAUGGGCACCGCCGCGGUGGUGAGAAACUAAUGGAGUUCAUCGAUUAUUGUCUCGAGUACAACAUUCAGAUGCUAACUGUAUAUGCCUUUUCCACAGAGAACUGGGACAGGCCGCCGCUCGAAGUAAAUGUGCUGAUGGCGCUGUUUUUCUUUUACUUUGAGCGCAUACGCCAGUCAUCAAAGGAAAAGGGUAUUUUUAUCCGUUUUAUUUCGCCUGCAUUCGAAAGAAUUAUGCCCUGUAUCCGAGAGCUUAUGGUGAGUGUGGAGGAAGAGUCUCGAAAACACGUUCCUCGCCGAAUUGUUGUCAAUGUAUGUGUUAGCUACAGUGGGCGUGAGGAGAUUCUGAAUGCGUGCAAUCGUCUUGCGCGUCGAGUGAACAAAUCACUUCUUAUUAAUAACGAAGAUUUCAUGAAGGAAAUGCUUCGCAGUGUCACGCAAGAUAAGCAUGACGCUGAAGACGCCUCCGUGCUUGCGGAUAGUGGUGGGGCAGAGCCUCAGGUUUUGCUUCGCACGAGUGGUGAGCAAAGACUAAGUAACUUCCUCCUAUUUGAGUGCGCCUACACAGAGUUCUUCUUCUGCAGCAAAACGUGGCCGGAGGUGACCAAGGAUGACCUCGCACGUGUUCUGUACGACUACAGUCAUCGCAACAGGCGCCAGGGUAAAUGA